GCUGUCAGAUUUUAUAAAUAUUUUUCAAUAAGCUAACAAAAAACGAAUACAAUGUAUCACAUCGUUCAAUAAUUUGCAUUAAGACUAAGAAAUUAUUUAUUAAUUGGUUCAAGAAACAUAACAUGUGUUUUUUUAGAUUUAAUUUUGAUUAAUUUGAAAUGAAUAAAUAUGUGUUUAAUAUAAAAAAUGGUAAGUCAGAAAAAUUAAACUCGACUAGUACCAUAUUAGCCCCAACCUAAAGUUAAUAAAAUGUAACUAAUGGUUGGUCCAGUCAAUUUGUUUGGUAAAAUCCACCAGUUACCCCUUGUGGGUCACAAUAACCAACAGGCAAGGAGCUCGCCUUUAUUUUUCUUUAUAAUGAGAUUAAAUUUAAAAGUAGCGCUAUUAGUUGCUUGCAUUACCGUAUUAUUAGUUACAUUGUCCAUUUGGAAUCAUUGUGCUAACUAUGCAGGUGUUAAAGAAGUUAACAAAAAUCAAAGGUAUCCUAUUUAUAAUGAGAUAAAUGAUGAAAACUCAGUGAUACCUGAAGAGAUUGAUUGUAAUAUAAAUAAUGGGGAUUACACCAUAACAUGUUUAAAAGAAGGUGAAGAGGUUUAUGUACCUUUUUCUUUUAUACAUAAAUAUUUUGAAAUAUAUGGAAAACUUAAUACCUUUGAUGGAUUGGUAAGGUUUGAAUGGACUCAUAGUUAUGGCAAAGUGUAUCAUCCUAAGCACAAGUAUAACCCAAGAAGUGUUUUCAUGCACUUUGAAAAUUAUAAUGUAGAAGUUAGAGAGAGAGUUAAAUGCAUUAGUGCAAUAGAAGGUGUACCACUUUCAACCCAAUGGGAGAGUCAGGGUUACUUUUACCCAACCCAGAUUGCUCAAUUUGGACUAUCACACUAUAGCAAAAAUAUAACUGAACCUGAACCCAGGCAGCUUAUAAUUGAAGACAGUGACCAAUAUAUUGGAAACUGGAUUGUACCAGUUGGCUGUACUAUUUCUAGAUUACCAAAAGAUAGUAAUGUUAUGGAAUUUUCUACAGAUAACAUAUACAAUAAAGGAAUUCAGUUAGAAAUAGAACAUGCUACUGACUUAAUGCUUAGUGUAAAUAUUUUACUGUAUGGAAACAGUAGUUUAACUGUGAUUUUACAAUUUAGAGAGAAGAAAGAGUAUUUUAAUCUUCAUUAUUUAAGCACUGAUGUUACUAUAACUGCACAGGACAAUAAUAUCUACCACGGUGUGGGUAGUGCUCCCGUUUGGCGUAGGUUGACCCGAGAUUUAUUUGUGGACCUGCAGAAAGGUCUCAGCUUUUUGGGUUAUGAUAAAUCGCACUAUAGAGUUUCCCGUUCUAAAGUUAAAAUAUCAAAGAUAAUCCUACGAGGACAGGGAACAUUAGAUAAUUUGACCAUAUCUUCGUCAGAACAUAUCAAUCAUUUUUAUGAUGCAGCUAAUUGGUUCGUGCGUCAUCAAGACAAAGAGAGAGGUGGAUGGCCCAAUCCUGUCAGGCGAAGGAUAGCUGCAGGAUUCGAAGAUUUAGAACCUGGGUGGUACUCAGCAAUGGGCCAAGGACACGCUUUGUCAGUUCUUGCUAGGGCUUAUUAUCAUUCAGGAGGUAAUAAAGAAUACCUGAAUUCUGCCCUUUUGGGUUUGAAACCAUUCAAAGUCUUAAGCUCUCAAGGUGGUGUCUUAGCCAAAUUUAUGGAUGUCCAUUCAUGGUACGAAGAAUAUCCUACAACACCGCCGUCUUUCGUGCUCAACGGUUUUAUUUAUUCCUUAUUAGGGCUCUACGAUCUAAUGACAAUCGCACCUGCCGAAGCUAAAACAGCUGAAAUCUUGUAUCGCGAGGGCUUAAGUUCAUUAAAACGUAUGCUCAUGAUAUAUGAUACUGGUAGCGGCACAACAUAUGACCUAAGGCAUGUCACGCUUAAAAUCGCACCGAAUUUAGCUCGGUGGGAUUACCAUGCAACGCAUGUUAACCAGUUACUGUUAUUAAGUACGAUUGACAAUGAUGGCGUGUUCAGCGACACUGCCCAGAGGUGGAUAGAAUAUAUGAGUGGUAAAAGGGCACCUCAUAAUUAACUAUUUAUUAACGACUUAUGAACGAAAAACCUACUUCCUAAAACGUAUCAUCUAAGGCAGUUUUUUUUUUACAAAAGAAAUCUUUUGGGCUAUAAAUUUUCAUAUCAGUUAUUAUUUAUGUUUAGAAAGUUUGGUAAUACUUUUAAAAAUGCAUCAUACUUGUUACCUUUUUAAUAUAU